GUAAAUUUGCUUCGUGAAGUUGAGAAAAUGUGAUUGUGUGGUGUGUUAUUUACAUGGUAUUGGAAAGAGUGAUUUCGCCGAUUUGUAAUGGCUGCCAUUCCUCAAAAUAAUCUUCAAAAGCAACUGAACAUCCAUUCAGCUAAAGAACCUCAGAACAAAUUAACACUUUCAAAGUCUAAACAUGGGGGAUUCACAUUUAAAAAAACGAACCCUUCUAGUUGUGCUGCAGUAUCCAGUUUUUCAAAAGUAAUGAACUUUAAUGCCUUGAAGGACAGGAGUGCCAAUGUUUGUCAGGAUUUUUCUCUGACCAAACCCAAGGAGCAGGUGGCUAGCACAAGUUUCUUUCAGCCAGACUGCAGGGGAAAAGAACAAGAAUCGCUACACCACAGCAGCAGAACCACGCCAUUUGUUAAAGAAAAUGAGAAGUCAAAUAUGGGAGCUGGGAAGAUGGAUGACCUGCUCAAAAAAAACGGCAUGCUCAAGAAACCUGAGCUGGACUGCUCGCUUAAAUCUGCUAUUGAUGUUGAUGAUUGGGAUGAUUUGGAUGAUUUUGAUACCUCUGGGAAGGUCAAAAUAAGCCCCAGCUCUGACUUGAAGACACGUCAAACCUCUUUGACAAAACCCUACAAAACACCACAGAAAUCUGCCUCAGAUGAGCAGAUUAAUGCAAUAAAUGAAAACCAUAAAUCAUCUUCAGGAAAUGUGGAAGACUCUGUCAGUACUUUGUCAUUACAGAAAAGUAGGCAGGAGGUGUUUGAUAAAUCACAUCUAAAAGAGGCAAAUGACUUUAUUUCUUCAAAUACAUCAAUUUGCCUUGAUGCUUCUGAAUCUGAAGGUAAAACUUGCAGAAAGAGUGAUGAAUCAUUACUGCUGUCUGUGCUUUCUUCUACUUCAUUUGGUGAUAAAGAAUGCCAUAGUAAAGGGUGUGCCACUCAGAAAGCUGGAAGCAAAACGGGUAAAGUAGCUGUUACAGAGGCAACUGAAGCUGUCCAGCCAAAUACAAACAGCAAAGGUGAAUAUCAACACGGAGAUGUGAGUCAUGCAGACCAGAGUGUAGAAUGCCAAGAUUCUGUAUUUGAGGAGGAUGAUGAGUUUAUUCCACCUUCUCCACCUAGAGGAGUAUUUUCCUCACCUUCUUUUAUUACUUGUACCAGUUCUGCUGAAUCUUCAUCUUCAGUAAAAAAAACUUUGGAAAACAGCUUUUCCAUUCAGGUUUCAAAGCCUAAAAAGACUGUUGCUACCAUUCAUCCUAUUCGAAACAGUGUGGACAAUGAAGCUAAUAGCUUUGUUACAUCAGAGCAACUGCAUAAAGUGAUGGAGAGCAUCUGUAAAUUAAUUGACACAGUUCCAUGUAAUGAACUUAAAGGGCUGACUUGUGGAGAUCAGUUAAUUAAGCAGAGAGAUCUCUGGAGAAAAUUUUCCAAGAAAAAUGAAAUGAAUAUGAAUAAAAGUGGAAAAAAUGAAACUUUUCAAACGGUUUCUAGUUUUGACCAGAAUAUUUCUGUGGAUUCCAUUCCAUCUCUUUCCUCCUUGCAUUCUUUUCAGCGAAGUGAGUCAUGCCCUGACAUAUUGCCUAGCAGGCCAUUCAGUUAUAAGAAUUUGUGUGUUGCUUCACCAGCGGACUCUAGAAGUAACUUCCUCCAUGAGAUUACUAUAAGUGAUUCGUCAGGGUUGAAAUCAUCAUUCCAGACACCAGAAGCCUCAGUGAAGAGAGAUUUACCAUCUUUCAUCAAUUUAGAUACGCCGGUUGGUGCAGGGAUCCACAGAGAAUUAUUAGUAAACAGUAAUGGUAAUAAACCAUCUGUAGUUGUUCAGCCAAAGUCUGGUUCCUUUAAUGACUGUCUGUACAGUACUCCAAGGACAGAUGGCAGAGAGUUUGGCUGUUCACUAUCUAAACCUCUAACAAGUACCAUUAUGAAGUCACAGACUACCCGUAUAAACUACCCUGAUGGUCUUGAUGUACUAAUUAAUGAUGAAGUGGACCAGUAUGAUAUUGAUGACUUUGAGCUUGAUGACUUUGAUGAAAAUGAUUAUACUUCAACUCCAUGCUUAAAGCCAAAUGAACUGACAUCAAAUAAACAGUAUCAGCCAAUAAAAGAAGGUGGUCCAAGCAAAUCACUUGAAAAAAAUGCAGCUUCAGCUGCUAGUGGAAAACUAGAUCUUUUUCAGUCUUCUACCUCUAAAUCUUUGUCUGUGGCAUCUAACACUUCAUGUAAUACACUUAAGGACAAAAUAUUGAAAGACACAAACAAAUUGGGCCUCUCUUCAGUCGAGAACCCUGCACACAAGCAAUUCAAAGGAUUUGGUUUCUUACAUUCUAAGGAAAUGAUGAAGAUUUUUCAUAAAAAAUUUGGUCUACACCAGUUUCGUACAAAUCAGCUAGAAGCAAUCAAUGCUGCAAUGUUGGGGGAGGACUGUUUCAUUUUAAUGCCGACUGGUGGGGGAAAAAGGUGUACGCCUCUGCCACUUUGCCUCACACCUGGACUUCAUCUUGUUCUAUUAACACUGGAAUCGGUCAUUGCUAACCAGGUUGGUAAACAUACUUUGCAGUGUGGUUUUGAUGUUCCUGCUACUUACCUUACUGGAGAUAAAACAGAUGCUGAAGCUACUAGUAUCUAUAUGCAGUUGUCCAAGAAGGAUCCCAUUAUAAAACUGCUCUAUGUCACUCCUGAAAAGGUUUCUGCAAGUAACAAACUGAUCUCUGCCCUAACAAAUCUGUAUGACAGGAAGUUGCUAGCUCGUUUUGUUAUUGAUGAGGCUCACUGUGUCAGCCAGUGGGGCCAUGACUUCCGUCCAGACUAUAAGAGAUUAAGUGAAUUACGUGCCAAAUUUCCUUCAGUUCCAAUAAUGGCACUUACUGCCACAGCCACUCCCAGGGUGCAAAAGGAUAUCCUUAAUCAGCUGAGGAUGCUGAAGCCACAGGUGUUUAGCAUGAGUUUUAAUCGACACAACUUGAAAUAUGAAGUAUUAUCCAAAAAACCAAAGAAGAUUGCUGAAGACUGCUUGGAAUGGAUUAUGAAACAUUACCCACGUGACUCUGGAAUUGUAUACUGCUUGUCAAGAAAUGAAUGUGACACAAUGGCUAAUAUCAUGCAACAGAAGGGUAUAGCUGCUCUAGCCUACCAUGCCGGAUUGCCUGACUCUGACAGAGAUUUUGUACAACAUAAAUGGAUUAAUCAGGAUGGAUGUCAGGUGAUUUGUGCAACAAUUGCAUUUGGAAUGGGAAUUGAUAAACCAGAUGUGCGUUAUGUUAUCCAUGCUUCCUUGCCAAAAUCUGUUGAAGGUUAUUAUCAAGAAUCUGGUAGAGCAGGAAGAGAUGGUGAUACUUCUCAUUGUAUCCUCUUCUACUCUUAUCAAGAUGUAACCAGAAUAAGGAGACUAAUUCAAAUGGAGCGAGAUGGAAACUACCAGGCAAAACAGACUCACUUCAGCAAUUUGUACAGCAUGGUGCAUUAUUGUGAAAAUGUGUCCGACUGUAGAAGAGCACAGCUGUUGGCUUACUUUGGAGAAGAAUUUAAUCCUAACUUUUGUAAGGAGCAUCCAGAAGUCAUGUGUGACAUUUGUUCAAACAGUAAGGAUUAUAAGUCAAGGAAUGUUACUGAAGUCGUUAAGAACAUUGUGAAGUUUGUACAAGAAAAUUGUGUUCAAAAAGGUAUGAAGUACAGCAGAAACGUGCAGUCUUCUAGCAGGCUAACCUUGAACAUGCUGGUUGACAUUUUCUUAGGGUGCAAAAAUGCCAAGGUACAGUCUGGAAUAUUUGGCAAGGGUGCAGCAUUUUCUCGACACAAUGCUGAGAGACUGUUUAGAAAGCUGGUAUUGGACAGAGUAUUGGAGGAAGAACUUUACAUCACAGUAAAUGACCAGGCCGUGGCUUAUGUAACUCUAGGACACAAAGCUCAAGCAGUACUAAAUGGAUUUUUACAGGUGGAAUUUCAAGAAACAGAAAAUGCCAGCAGUAUCAGAAAGUCCUCUGUUGCAAAGAAGUCAAGUAAACGAGAUGAGAUGGUUCAGAAAUGUUUGGAAGAACUUACUGAACUUUGUAAAAGACUUGGGAAGAUCUUCAGUGUCCAUUAUUACAAUAUCUUUAACACAGCAACUGUUAAGAGAAUUGCAGAGACAUUAUCUUCAGAUCCUGACGUUUUGCUUCAGAUUGAUGGUGUAACUGAAGACAAACUGGAAAAAUAUGGGGCUGAAUUUAUCGAAGUUAUGCAGAAAUAUUCAGAAUGGCAGCUGUCUGUGGAAGAUGACACCCUUCCAACUGGGAGCUCAGGAGCUAAAACCAAGCGCAGGCUAGAUGCAGAUGAAGAAGGGAUGGAGGAAAAUGGAGAAACCACUUCUGCAUACUUUGCUGGUGCAAGAGGAAAUGGUAGAAAAAGGAAGAAGAGCCGUUACACUACUGAGGCCAAGAAAAGAAAAACUGCUUAUGGAUCUCAGAACUGUGGUGCAAAGAGAAAGAAAAAAUACUUCAGGUCAAACUCCUUACCACAGUCAACAUCAAGAUUUAGUUCUGGACAUCAAAAUCCAUCAACUUGCUAUUCCAAAAUGCCAGCAGCUCCCAGCAGGAAGCCAGGAGUCAUGGCGCCACCAGUACCUCAAAGCAAUCGGCGAAGUUUUCUUAAACCUUCUUUUUCUCUACAGUGAGUUACGGGGCUUGAUUACAGCACUUAAUCAUGCUUCAGUUGAUAUGGAAUGCUUUGUUGCAGUAAUCUGUGAAUGACCAAAAAUCAGAGACACAAACUUGCUGCCUUGAGGAUACAUAGGAUGUCCUUGACAAUAGAUAUCAAGUCCUUUUUAUUUUAAUUGCAGAGUGUUUCACUUUUGUGGCUUGUAUUAAAUGUCUUUGCAUCCUGUCAUAUAGAAUGCAAAUCACAGACCAUCUUGAUGCUUAUUUAUGAAUCAUUUGAAGGGGUAGCAGUCAUUACUGUGUUGAACAUAUCAGACUACUUUCUGACUGACUUAGUUUCAUUUUUGUUCUAGUGGUUUUCAGUAGCAGUAAAAGUUCUUUUGUUUUCUCUUGUCCUUUUCUUUAGUCAUAAACUGGACUUUUUUGUAUAUAUGUAUAUAAAAUUGACACCAUCUAGUAUUUUUAUUAUGCAAAGAUCAACUGCUGCAUCCAAGAAAUGUGUAUAACCACAAGAAGUAUGUGGUAAGAAAGCGUCUUACUCCUUGGAGAUUGAACCUUUGGCAAAUAGAUAUGUGUUAAAUUAUUUAUGUGCAUGUCAGAAAGACAUUAACAUGGGUUUGUGGAGAAUAGCUUUUAUCAUCUUAGCAUCAUUUCCAUAAUUACAUCACUUUUUUCAGUCUGCGUAUUUACAUUUUUUUUGUAUUGUUGGAUUUUGGGGGUUGUUUUUUUUUUUAAAUUGUGACCUUAUGUGUAAAGUUGUCUUAAUUCCUGGUAUAUUACGUCAUUUACUAGAGGUAUGUUAUUUCGUAUCCUUAUGAAAGAUACGUUGAGUGCUGUAUCCUACCAUCUUGUCAUACAUUGUUUCCUUGUAAGUAUCCUUUUCUAAUUAGAUAAAUUACAUUUUAGUGUAGUCAGUGGAAAUAUUUCUAUUGAUUUUGUCACUUUUUUGUUAAUUAUGGGCUGCUCAAAUGACCCUUUUCAGCUUCUACCCAGGCAUAGGUCAAAGACAUGAACAGCAGAAUAACAUUUACAGUAGGUACUUUUUAGCAACAAGAAACUGCUAUUGUAAGUGUUAUCACUGUAUUAUAAAUGAGCAAGGACAAUAUUGCAGUAAUUAUUGUUACUGUUGUUUUGCAGUUUGGUUCCCGUGUGGAGUGCCUUCUGUGCAGAGUCUGUGCACUUUUUUCAGCAGGUCCUCCAAUUUCCUGUCUUAUCCCAAAACUGUUCCGCAGGUGAAUUUGGUGAUCCUGGUAUAGACACGUGUCCUUUCCUGCAUUACUUUCCCCACCUAGCACCCACUGAGUGCCUUCCCCUGUAACCCUUGACUAAGUAUAGCUGUUAUCCGAGAAUGACUGAAAAAUCCCACUUUUAUGUUAAAAAGUUGAUUUUGUGUACAGACUAUAUUCUGGUGCUCUUCAUCUUGUAUCCUUCAAGCAGUGGCUGCCUAAGGUGUAUUCAUUUUUGUCUGAGAUCUUGUUCUUUCUGUGAGAGAUGUUAAUGUAUGAAAGAUUGUUGCAUGAGCAUUAUUUAGACUACUUUGCCUGCCUAUUUUUCUAUAAUGCACCAAAGACUUAAAACAGUAUAAAAUAUUACAUUUACUAUGUAGGGUUUGCAGACUUGGCUGUAUUUGCUGGAAAUGGCACCCCACUCUACCUUUGAAGAUUGUUUGCAGUCUUUGAUAAGAAGAUAUAUCAUAUACAUUUGAGUGCUGGCAUUGUAUUAGCAUAUAUUAAAGAAGCUGUUACUACAUUCAAAUAGAGACUACCAGGAAUUUAAAGCCAGUGCUGUUUUCAGGAGUAGGUAUUAAUAUCUGAACCAAAAUGGCUACUUGUUGAGCAAUAUGAAAAGUAGGCCCAAUAUUCCUUUUUAAAAUGCCAGGAGAGAAAAAAAAAACUGUAACUGGCAUAUCAUAUAUGUUCAGUAGUGGUGCCUAUUCUUCCUGUUAAAAUGGAGGAAGUUUGUGCUGUUUAAAAAGUUCUGCACUGUUUAUUUUCCAAAUAUUAACCAUAAAAGCCUCUAUUUAUGUUACAUAUACUAACUAAAACAUUGUGUACUUCUUGCCAGAAGGCUGUGCAUGUGCAGGUGAUGUCUGGUCAAUGUGUAGACAUUGCUGUGCACACUGAUAAAUACUUAACAUUGCAGCAGUCUGCCUGCACCAUUCUGAAUGCACUUCUUUGUAAUUAGUUACCUUUUCUGAUAAUUGCUAAGAUUCAAGCUUCAUUGUUUCCCCAAAUUACAGUAUUGUGAUGUUAGUUCAUAGUCAAAAAUGAUCGUUUCUUUUCGUGUUUCUGAGCAAGUUCAUACAUGCCUUGAGAGCUUUGUAAACUUUUUAGUAAAGGAAUCUGUACAAAAUUAGCUUGAUCCCUUGUUGACAUCAGUGUAAAGAAUAUCAUGUUGCUACAUCCAUAUAUUUUAAUGGAUGUGCCAUUGGUCAUCCAUUGUGACUCAUUGAAGCACAUGAUGCAUCCCCACACUGCCCCUUGUGCUGAUGUCACCAAGAAAUAAGUUUAGCUGCUGUUGGCAAGAGUAUAUUUUUGCAAAGAAUUUUAUGUACAAACUAAAAAGUUAUUAUCAAAACAAUUGACAAGUGCAUCUUGGUAAUAUAGGUGCCACAUACCUUGGUGCAAAAGUCAUGUCCUGAGCUAUUCGAGGCACUUUAAGCAGUUUUAGCAUACCUUUAUACUUUUUUAUACAUCAUACAAGGUGUUUGAAAAGCUUCAUGAAGUGAUAGUUUGAACUUGGAAUGUAUUUAAUUGAUGGAACUGUGUUCUCACUUGUGGACUACAGUGGGUUACAGCUUUUUGCAUUCUGCAUCUGUUUAGUCUGUUCUUUUGCAGUAUAUUUUCCUGUACUUAUGUCUUUGUGCCUAAUUAAAGAAGCUGCUGUGAGUGCCAGAAACACAUUAAUCUGAGUUUUAGCAUGCAUCAUUCAUACCCGUAUUUAGCUUUGUGAUCUUUUUUAAAGGUUUAUUUUAAAUUCAGUUGAUUGCAUUAUUUUCUAGCUACUUCAGAUUAUUUUUUAUUUUUGUUCAUAAUUUCUAGUUUGCUUAUCCUUUGCUUUAUCAGAAGUCAUAUUUUAAGGCAAAUACACAUGUAUGUACACGCAUGUUAACAGAGGAAUCGAUGCAGAAUGGAAAGAUAAACUUUAGUGAAUUGUAUAGGUUUCUAGAGACUUGAAACAGUAAUGCAUAUAUUAACUUACAAGGGAGCAACUGUCACUAAUUAUAAAGCAGAAAGUGACAUUCAUUAUAAAUGGAUAUCAUCUGCAGCUUAACCUUCUGUAAUGUUACUUUGUUUUAAGCAUUACUUGAACAUCUAUUGGGUGGCUCAUUUUAAACAGUUAAAGAUGCACAGUACAUGACACCUACAUAAUAGAAAAGUAUGUCUAAUCUGAAGGAUAAUUUUAUAAUUAGCUGUUCACUGUUUACAUAGUCUUAAGCUUUUAUUGACCAUUUUAAAUGUUCUCAUUGGUUAGGUAAGACAAAUUGGCUGUGUUUGCCUUAUUCAUCUUGUUUUAUUGCAUUGCUUGUGAAUGACAUGUAACUGUUAAUGUGCAAGUUGGAGUUACUCAUCUAGGUGACUGACAUUUGUUCAUCUAGCCGUCUGACAUCAGGAAUUCUUUUGAAGUUCAUGUAAAUGAAGUAAAGCACUCAACUCUUCUUUUACUUUAAUAAAAUGUAAUAUUUCAUGGCGUUCAGUUUGGUGAUGGCCUGAUUUGUCUGUGGUGUUUGAAGGCAGUUGUGUCGUGAUUACCUUGCCCUUACUUCAUUUAACUGUAUGUUUAAAUGUACUGCUGUAAAAUAUUGUUUAUAUAUGUAAAUGUUAAAUAUAUUUGAUGUUGAUAGUCAAGAUAUUAUUAUAAUAAAAUAUAAUUUCCAACUCUU